GCUCCCCACGUGAGAGCUGCUCGUUCUCCUCUGCCUCCCUCUCUGCCAUUAGCUGUCACCUCAGCAGCCAGCAGAAGCCAUGGGCAACUGGGAAUCCCAUCUGUAUUCAGUGCCUCCUCAGAAACUGGGUGAGUUUGUCCAGAACUCCCUGAGACCCUUUGAAGAUUGUCAGAAAAAGAUCGACGAGACCGUGAACACCAUCUGCGCUGUCCUGCAGGAAGCUGAGCAGUUCCCCCUGGUCAUAAGUGUGGCUAAAGGUGGCUCCUAUGGCAGGAAAACGGUCUUAAGGGGCAACUCCGAUGGUACCCUCGUUGUCUUCGCCAGUGACUUUGAACAAUUCCAGGAUCAGACAAAAAGCCCAUCUGAAAUCCUCCACAAAAUCCGGGAGGUGCUGAGAGUCUGGCAGCUCAUAACGGAGUUGGCAGCCCAGGUGGAGGUCCAGAUGGUCAGUGGUACGCUCACCAUCCAGCUGUCCACAAAGAGGCAGAGCAUCACUUUCGAGGUGCUGCCUGCCUUCAAUGCUCUGGGCUUCAGCGACAAGCCCAGCACCUGGACCUAUUUAGAGCUCAAAAGAGCCUUGGAUCAGACACACUCCAACCCCGGUGAGUUCUCCGUCUGCUUCACAGAACUCCAGCAGAAGUUUUUCAAAAACCACCCCAGAAAACUGAAGGAUUUGAUCCUCUUGGUAAAGUACUGGUAUGAACAGUGCCAGGAAAAGCUGAAAUAUUCACCCCUGCCACCUGUGUAUGCUCUGGAGCUGCUUACAGUCUAUGCCUGGGAACAGGGUUGCAGAACAGAAGACUUUAAUAUAGUUGAAGGCAUCAGGACUGUUCUGAGGCUAAUCCUGCAGCAGGAGCAGCUGUGUGUCUAUUGGGUCGUCAACUACAACUUUGAGAAUGUGACCAUCCGGAACAUCCUGCUGAGCCAGCUCCGAUCAUCGAGGCCAGUAAUCUUGGAUCCAGUGGACCCAACCAAUAAUGUGAGCAAAGAUAAGAUGUGCUGGCAACUGCUAAAACAAGAAGCUCAAAUCUGGUUGUCUUCCUCUGGUCUGAAUGAGUCACCCGGACUAUCCUGGAAUGUUCUGCCAGCACAGCUCUACACCACCCCUGGCCAUCUUCUGGAUAAGUUCAUCAAGGACUUUCUCCAGCCCAACAAAAUCUUCCUAGAGCAGAUCGAGAGAGCUGUUAAAAUCAUCCGUACGUUCCUUCAACAUAAUUGCUUUCAACAUUCGACUACGAAGAUUCAGAAGAUUGUCCAGGGAGGGUCAACCGCCAAGGGCACAGCUCUGAAGAACGGCUCCGACGCUGACCUCGUCGUGUUCCCCAACUGGCUGAAUAGCUACACCUCCCAAAAAAACGAGAGAUCCAGAGUCAUCAGGGAAAUCCAUAAACAGCUGGAAGCCUGUCAGCAGAAGCUGGACUUGGAAGUGAAGUUUGAGAUUUCAAAAUGGAAGGCCCCCAGGGUGCUGAGUUUCUCACUGAAAUCCAAAGUACUCAACGAAAGCAUUGACUUUGAUGUCCUGCCUGCCUUUAAUGUGUUAGGCCACAAGAAUUCCCACACUGCCCCCAGCCCCAGUGUCUAUUCUGAGCUCAUCGAUCUGUAUAGCUCCUCAGAUGCCCUGGGGGGAGAGUUUUCUACCUGCUUCACGGAGCUGCAGCGCAACUUUGUUAUUUCCCGGCCCACGAAACUCAAGGACUUAAUUCGCCUGAUGAAGCACUGGUACAGACAGUGUGAAAGGAAAUUCAAGCAGAAGGGGAAUCUACCCCCAAAGUACGCCCUGGAGCUGCUCACCAUCUACGCCUGGGAGCAGGGCAGCGGCACCACGAAUUUUAACACCGCUGAAGGUUUCCGUACGGUCCUGGAGUUGAUCACAAAAUACCAGCAGCUCUGCAUCUUCUGGACAGUCAAUUACAACUUGGAGGAUGAGACAAUAAGGAACUUCCUACUGACCCAGAUCCAGAGAACCAGGCCUGUGAUCUUGGACCCAGCCGAACCUACUGGUGACGUGGGUGGAGGGGACCGCUGGUGUUGGCAUCUUCUAGCAAAAGAAGCUACCGAAUGGAUGUCCUCUCUGUGCUUCAAAGAUGGGACUGGAGAACCUGUUCAAGCAUGGAAAGUGCCAACAGUGCAGACACCAGGAAGUUGUGGAGCUGGGAUGUAUCCUGUUACCCAGGAGAUGUUCUCAUUCAGAAUUUGUAGAACCUUGGAAUAAUAAUGCUAGAAGAAACCGCUAAAUGUUAUCUGGCAGUUGCUUUUAAAGAAUCAGUUCACUGCUUAAGAGUGACCCAGAUACGGCCUUCUCUUGACCAUCCCCACCACUCCUUCCUUCCUUUCUUCUUCGGCUCCUCUUGAAAUGAAGACCACCGAGUCCUUCCGAAAGUCUCUCCUUGCUGAACUGUUGCUCUCCAAGUGACCUACCUUAUCAAAAAUACCUGCUCUCAUGCAGCCUUAUGUACCCUGUAUGUCUGUGGUCACUCUGUAUUUUUCCAAUGAGCUCCUUCCCUUUCCUUCAAGGCACAGAAGAGAGACCUCUCUGGAUUCCCAAAGUGAAGCCCUUUACCAGCCCCAGGGGCUCUCACACUCCGCUGCCCCACCCACACCCUGUCUGUUUCUCCCCAUAUGCACAAGCCCAUCUGCCUCUGCAGACCUGAAGGUCUCCUAAACCAGUCAUGACCCAACCUCUCCUUAGACCUUCAAAUUCUUGGAUUAUAACUGUUUCCUGGUAUUUAUAUUAGCCUGUUGUCUUUUCUGUCUGAGCCUACCUUUUUUCCCCCACCCAUGAAUGUCCUUUUGCCAGGUCUAAAGGUUUUAUCCUCUGGCAUUAGCUUCAGAGAUACUCGAAUGUCUAAGGUUUUAACCUCUACUUAUAUAUCUACUGAUAUAUGUACUUACAUAUCUACUGAGAGUUUUAUUACUGAUGCAUAUGCCAGCAGUCAUAUAAUAAAGAACGUAUCUGGUCUUUAUCCCCAGUUCAUGGCCCAGAGCUCCAAAACCCUUGGAAAUUCCUGAUAGGAAUACCUUUUGUAUUCUUAAGCAGCCCCCUCCAACCACCUUGCAUUUAUGCCAGUGAGGUUUGGGCCGUUAGGUAGUUUAAGUCCAUGCCAGAAAUGCCAAGCCCUUGAUUAGAGGGGUGAAACUUUCAGCCCCAUUUCCCACCCUCUCAAGGGGAGAGGGGCUAGAGAUUGAGUUCGAGCACACGGCCAAUGAUUUAAUCAAUCGUGCCUUUAUAAUAAAACUCCAAGAAAAACUCUGGACUGCAGGGCUUGGGGAGCUUCCUGGUUGGUGAACAUACCCAUGUGCUGGGAAGAGGGCAUAUCCUAACUCCGUGGGGAUGGGAGUGUCUGUGCUUGGGGCCCCUCCAGCCCUUGCCCCCUAUGUGUCUCUUCAUCUGGCUCUUCCUUGGUAUCCUUUGUAAUAAAAUGGUGAUUGACAUAUA